AUGGCCAAUGGCAUUGAAGAUCCUAUCGGGAUCCCAUUCCCGAACCACAGCAGUGAAGUCUUAUGUGGGUUAAAUGAGCAGCGGCAUGACGGUCUCCUCUGCGAUGUCAUCCUCAUUGUCCAGGACCAGGAGUACCGGACCCAUCGGUCUGUCCUUGCUGCCUGCAGCAAGUACUUCAAAAAACUCUUCACUACCGGCACUUUAACAGACCAGCCCUAUGUUUACGAGAUUGACUUUGUCAAGCCUGAAGCACUUUCUGCCAUCCUCGAGUUUGCCUACACCUCAACCCUCACCAUCACCACCUCAAAUGUCAAGCACAUCCUCAGCGCUGCCAAGAUGCUGGAGAUCCAGUGCAUUAUCAAUGUAUGCCUUGAAAUCAUGGAGCCCGGCAGAGAGGCGGAAGAGGAAGAUGACAAAGAAGAUGAAGAUGAUGAUGAAGAUGAAGAUGAGGAGGAAGAGGAGGAGGAGGAGGAAGUGGAAGAUUUUGUCAAUCAGGAGAACCUAACCGAUGUCCAAGAAGUAAGCUGUCACCAAAGCCCUUCUAAGUCUGAUCUUACCGAAGAAGCAUAUACAGAAGCACCUAAAGACUUUCCAAAUCACUACCCAGCCAAUAACUCCUCUGGACACUUGGGCGUCAUACGAGACUUCUCCAUCGAGUCCUUGUUAAGGGAAAACUUGUACCCUAAGGCGAACAUCCCAGAAAGGAGGCCAGCUCUCUCUCCUUUCACCCCUACCUUCUUCCCCCACCUGUGGAACGGCAAUUUUAGCUCUUUCUCCCAGCUCGAGGAGCCACAAGUAGACAACGGCCCCUUGGAUCUCGUCAUCAAAAAAAGGAAGAUCAAGGAAGAAGAGGAGAAGGAAGACCUGCCUCCGCCUCCUUUCCCUAAUGACUUCUUCAAGGAUAUGUUUCCCAACACCCCAGCAGCUCCCUUAGGGCAUAUUAAGGCAGAGACUGACUAUAGCGCUUAUCUCAAUUUCCUAAGUGCUACCCAAUUUGGAGGAGUUUUUCCCCCGUGGCCCCUGGAGGAAGAGAGGAAGAUAAAGCCCAAGGCAUCCCAGCAAUGCCCCAUCUGUAACAAAGUCAUCAUGGGAGCCGGCAAGCUGCCCAGGCACAUGAGGACCCACACGGGAGAGAAGCCGUAUAUGUGCAAUAUCUGUGAAGUCCGCUUUACCAGGCAGGACAAGCUCAAAAUCCACAUGAGGAAGCACACGGGGGAGCGGCCGUACCUCUGCAUCCACUGCAACGCCAAAUUCGUGCACAACUAUGACCUGAAGAACCACAUGCGCAUCCACACGGGCAUCCGGCCCUACCAGUGCGAGUUCUGCUACAAGAGCUUCACCCGCUCCGACCACCUCCAUCGCCACAUCAAACGCCAGAGCUGCCGGAUCGCGCGACCCCGGCGAGGACGCAAGCCGGCAGCGUGGAGGGCAGCCGGCUUGCUCUUUGCUCCCGGUGGUCCACCGGUGGAGAAGAGCUUCAUGAUGCCACCGACAUUGGAGGAGAUGAGCGGCCACCUCGGCAGCGCGGCCAUGUGCCUUCCCGGCCCCAGCCCCAAGCACUUUUUGAGUGGGGCCAAGACCACCUUCAGCUUGCAGGAGCUGGAGAGCCAGUUUGAAGAAACCCAGAUGAAGCUCCUCAGGCGAGCCCAGCUGGACAUGGAGAGGAACGCGGGCAUCUUCGCCUUCGCUCUGGGUCAUAACGAAAACCUCACUGCCCAACCCUUCUUCCCCCUUCCCGAUCCUUGGAGCACGGGCUUUAGCGGCUUGGCGGGGCUCGGCCACAUGGCUCCCAUCUCGGAGGCGAGCAACUAA